UGGAAAAGCCCACCAACGUCGCCCCUCCAAAUUUGGGGCGGAACUUCAUCAAAGCAUUGCCUUUCGAAAUUCACCAGUCUUCUUCAACAACAAUAUUACCUGCCUCUAUGGCUCUGCGUUACCUCUUCGGCGGAGUAACCCACACCGGUGUCAACCAUACUCACCUCAUGCUCAAGCCCUAUAUUGGCUUCUGUGCACUAUUAAAUCACAAUGCUUUGAUCCCCAUUUCUUCUUCUUCUUCUUCUUCAGCGUUUGUAUUUCUCCAUGGCUCUCCUUCUUUUUCUUCUGCAAAUCCAAUUUCAGGUUCACAAAGUUGUACAACAUCACCCCCAUGUGGUGGCACUUCCAUUUACAUGGGUGCCCACGAGGAUGAUUGGAUCAUCAGACUCGCCAAGUUUGCAGUAGAGCAGCACAAUUUCAAAGAGAGUAAGAAUCUUCAAUAUGUGAGGGUGUUGGGGGCUAGCCACACUAUGGUUUCUAGCAUAUUGUACCAUAUUACACUGGAGACAGUUGAUGCUACUAAGCCUAAGAUUUACCAUGCAGUUGUUUGGUUACAAAUAUUAAAGAACUUCAUGGAGUUGCUUGCGUGGAAGCCCGUUAAUGACCGCUUGUCAGUUCUUGGUGUUAAGUCCGGGACUGUUUUGGAUGUCUUAUUUGUUUUACGCAGGUGAUUUGAAAUUGCACGAAGCUGUUAUGUUUUAUAUGAAUGAUGUACAGCGAGAUCGCUUCCUAUAUUGAAUGUACAAAGCCUACCUAUCUAACUUCCAAAUUUGGAUACGCCCGGCACAUUGCAUAAGUCCCUCACAUACAGUUAUGUGACGCCUACUUUUGUACGGUGAGCCGCACGUGCUUGUAUAAGUGUCCAAUGCCACAAAUAGUACUUGUUUUUGGUCGGAAAAAAUAUUCCUCCUAACCUUCGACCAAAAAAAAAUAUUCCUCCUAACCUUUGAAAUUCACCUUUUCAACCUUAAACAAUGUAUAGUGAAUAGUGAAUUUUGGAUCUGUUAAUUAUAUAAUCUCCAGUAAUGUUUAUUUUUCCUUUCCUAUCUAUUUAUUAAGGGAAGAGAAGAUAGAAGAUGGAGCAUAUGUUCAUCUCACUUGGUGAAUGAUCACCAGCUGGUUAAUGAUUUAUUUUGUACAUCUAUGCAGUGUGAUUUUCUCUUGA